AUGCUGACGACGCCCCUGGACGACGACGCGAUCGAGGGGUACUACGUCCCGUUCCACGGGCAUCGCGCGAAAGACCUCGCGCUCGCGCUGAACGCGCUUCGACGGCGACACGACAGGGUCGUCUUCCUCGCCGGGGAUUCGUCGCUGGACAACAAGUACUGGCACGACUCGUGGGCGGACGCGAUCAACGGGUACGAGCGCGUGCUCCGGCCGCAGCGGAUGAAGAGAGACGUGUGUUACUGGAUGAACGCGGAGGCGGCCGCGGACGACGCGCGCGGGGCGGGACGGAGGAACGCGUCGUCGUCGAACACGUCGUCGUCGUCGCCGUCGUCCAUCGGCUGCGUCAACGCCGCGGUCGAGGCGACCGCGCUGAACGACCGCGCGUUCGGCCGCUUGCUCCCGCAAGACGCGUUCGUCCGCGACAACAUCACGGAGAACGACGUCCUGAUCGUCUCCGUCGGCGGCAACGACGUCGCCCUGCAGCCUCUCUUGUGCACGUGCCUCAAUCUCUCCGCGCUCGUCUGUUGCGUCCCCGCCGCGUGCGUGGAAAAGUGCGCGCGCGCGUCGCCGCCGAACCUCUACCGGUGCCGCGGACGCGACGUAGACUGCGGGUGCGUCGGGUGCGGGUGCCAAGGGUGCGUCGCCGGUCUCGCGGGGUGGCCCCCCGGGUUCGGGUACGUCGCGGACUUAUUCAAAAACCGAGUGGAGAAUUACGUCCGCAAGCUGUGCGCCGCGACGAGACCGAAGGUGCGUUCUAUACACUGGUCCCCAUACGACCGCGUUGGUGUGGUGAACGCCGAUCCUUAA